AUGGCAGAUCUCCAAAACAAUGGAAGGUCUCUUCAAGAUCUUCCUAGUGAGAUUUUGAUCAACAUUCUUAGCCACCUGGAUGAGAAAGAUCUGUACGCAGUGCAAAUGACUUGCAAGAGCUUUCUGGAUAUAGUGAAUGAUGAGGAGUUGUGGAAGAAUCUCUUUGUGGCCAAGAUUCAUACGAUGUUGUUUCCCUCGUUCUCCAGAUCCUGGAAAUAUAGCGUGGAAUACGUCAAGCGGAACAGAGGUUUGAACGAGUGGAAACAUAAUAGAGCAGUGAAAACCAAGUACACUGUAACAGCACAGAAUCAAUACAAUCAGCUUGAGAAAAUGGUUUUCGACUACCCCCGCUGUGCGUGUUACAGUGAUGGUGUGAUCAUGCUCGUGCAGUUGCAUUCCAAAAGGCGAAAAGAUCGGCUUACCUACAUGCCCUGCACUACACCGCAAGGCUGCUCGACCAUGCAUUUUAACAUCAACGCAGCCGUCUUUGGUCGUUUUGACGGGCGUGUUUUUGGUAAGCUUUUGACUAACAAGUCUCACCUCCAUCCAGUGACAGAGUUUAAUGCUGUGCAUCGCUCCGCUGUCACUGCCAUCACCACUGCAGCCCUCGAAGAUUCCGCCAAAGACUGGUGCGUCAGUGGAUGCGAAUCGGGGCAAGUGAUUUGGUGGUGCGAAAUGAAAAUGCAAAAGUACAUGCAAGUAUCCGAUAAGCCAAUCCUAAAAUUGGCGCUGCAUAAAGAUCUAACGGUCAUCAUGGACUCUCAACAGGUUUUCAUCGUGGAUCAGAUGAACAAUCUACACAAAUUAGACAUUCCACCAAAACUUCAGCAUUCACUCACUCAACUUCAGCAUUUCCAGGUCGAUUUUGGAGGUCGGCACUUGAUUCUCGGUAAUUUGUCCGAGCUUUAUGUCAUCUCCAUAGAUCCUCAUAAAGAUUUCGGAUUCACAAGGUCCAUUUCAUUCCAGAGCCAUAUUGAAAACGUUUUCAUUGAUGAUGUCACUUCUAAGAGAACGCAGGAUAGUGCUUUGGCAGGAGGCGAUGGCUGCUUCGUGGGACUUACAACGAGUGACAACUCUGUCACAAUUAUCAACGUGAGAGCACCCGGUCCGGCGUUGCGAAUUCAGACUAAGCUCAGCUUUGAAGACAGGGUUCAUGCCGCGCAAGUCAAUAACUUGGUCGUGGUCUGUGCAUUCAGUGGCUACCUCUCAAUAUUUGAUGCAGCUGAUGGGACCGAGCUUCGAGUAGUUAGAAAAACGGAAAAGAUUCCCCAGUUUUUGGGGGUCUCUCAUGGACGCAUGAUUGUUGGUAGUGGGAACGUUCUGCAUUACCUGCAAUAUAUCGAUGAAGACUCGAAAGAGAAGAAGUCAGGCUCAUCCCAAAGCACUCGGAGUAAUAAAUGGAAUGAGGUAUUGAACACUCAACUUGAUCUUUACAAUGAAGACGAAAAUAGUCGAAGAGAAGAGAUAGACAAAAAUGAAAGAUUGAGGAAGCGAUUUAUGGGCGAUCUAGAUGAUGAAGAGAUCCAAUACCAAAUAGCAUUAAUGGAGUCUCAGGCGUCUGCUGCGCGGCUUCAUUCCACACCAGCCUCAUCAGAUUUUCCGGAUCAAGACGAAGAAUUAUUAAGAGCCAUCGAGGAAUCUAGACUGAUCUGUGAAACUCCUAUAUCACCGCAGGAAGCGGACGAGGACAUGAACAUUACUUUGGCGAUACAAGAGUCGCAAGAAGAAGAAAAUAGAAGACUGGGGCGGCGACCUCAGAGGCGUAAUGGGCCUAUCGGUGAGGUUGUGACUUCAUUUGCCCCAACUUUUGAGAGUCGUAUCUCGGAAGCACCUGCAUCUCCGAUUUCUUCAGAAAUGUCGACACAACAAAAUUUCGAUGAGGAUUUAGAACUAGCUUUGGCACUUUCUAUGCAAGAGCAGGUUUGA